AUGAGGGAAGACCAAAAUCAAAACGACGCGAAUUUGCGCAGCGAAAAUAAAUUAUCUAUCUAUCUAUCUAUCUAUCUAUCUAUCUAUCUAUCUAUCUAUCUCUUCAUUCAUAUGUCUGUUUAUCUAUCUAUCUAUCUAUCUAUCUAUCUAUCUAUCUAUCUAUCUAUCUCUUCGUUCAUAUGUCCGUUUAUUCUGAUCUAUCUAUCUAUCUAUCUAUCUGUUCAUAUCUCAGUUUCUUUCUAUCUUUUUUCCUUUCUUUUGUUUCUUUCUUUCUUUCUUUCUUUCUUUCUUUCUUUGCUAAUUGGAAGUUUUCCUUCUUCUUGUUUGUUUCUUUCUUUCUUUGCCUUUCUUUCUUUUUUUCUUUCCAUCUUUCUUUCGUUGCGUUUCUUUCUUUUUUCUUUCCGUCUUUCUUUCUUUCUUUGCGUUUCUUUCUUUUUUUCUUUCCUUCUUUCUUUCUUUCUUUGCCUUUCUUUCUUUUUUUCUUUCCGUCUUUCUUUGCCUUUCUUUCUUUUUAUCUUUCCUUCUUUCUUUCUUUCUUUCUUUCUUUCUUUCUUGCUUUGCCUUUCUUUUUUUUAUUUCCGUCUUUCUUUCUUUCUUUGCCUUUCUUUCUUUUUUUCUUUCCGUCUUUCUUUCUUUCUUUGCCUUUCUUUCUUUUUUUUCUUUCCGUCUUUCUUUCUUUGCGUUUCUUUCUUUUUUCUUUCCGUCUUUCUUUGCGUUCCUUUCUUUUUUCUUUCCGUCUUUCUUUCUUUCUUUCUUUGCGUUCCUUUCUUUUUUCUUUCCGUCUCUCUUUCUUUCUUUCUUUGCGUUUCUUUCUUUUUUUCUUUCCGUCUUUUUUCUUUCUUUCUGUCUUUGCGUUUCUUUCUUUUUUUCUUUCCUUCUUUCUUUUGUUCUUUGCCUUUCUUUCUUUUUUCUUUCCGUCUUUCUUUAUUUCUUUCUUUGCCUUUCUUUCUUUUUUCUUUCCGUCUCUUUCUUUCUUUCUUUCUUUGCCUUUCUUUCUUUUUUUCUUUCCGUCUUUCUUUGCCUUUCUUUCUUUUUAUCUUUCCUUCUUUCUUUCUUUCUUUGCGUUACUUUCUUUUAUCUUUCCAUCUUUCUUUCUUUCUUUCUUUGCGAUUCUUUCUUUUUUUUUCUUUCCGUCUUUCUUUCUUUCUUUGCGUUUCUUUCUUUUUGCUUUCCUUCUUUCUUUCUUUCCUUCUUUCUUUCUUUCUUUCCGUUUCUUUCUUCUUUCCAUUUCUUUCUUUCUUUCUUUUUUCUUUCCUUUACUUUCUUUCUUUCCGUUUCUUUCGUUCUUUCCAUUUAUUUAUUUCCGAUUACUUUCUUUCCUUCCGUUUAUUUGUUUGUUUGUAUAUUUCUUUCUUUCUUUCUUUCUUUCUUUCUUUCUUUCUUUCUUUAAACCAUUCGUUAUCCCUUCCUUUUUCCUUUUUUCUUUUUUCUUUUUUCUUCCUUUUCCUUUUUUCUUUUUUCUUCCUUUUUUCUUUUUUCUUCCUUUUCCUUUUUUCUUUUUCUUCCUUUUCCUUUUUUUCUUAUUUCUUCCUUUUCCUUUUUCUUUUUUCUUCCUUUUCUUUUUUUUCUUUUUUUCCUUUUCCUUUUUUCUUUUUUAUUCCUUUUUUCUUUUUUAUUCCUUUUCCUUUUCUUUUUUCUUCCUUUUCCUUUUUCUUUUUUCUUCCUUUUCCUUUUUUUCUUUUUUUUUCCUUUUUUUUUUUUUCUUUCCUUUUUUUUUCUUCCUUUUCCUUUUUCUUUCUUUUUUUCUUCCUUUUCCUUUUUCUUUUUCUUCCUUUUUUCUUUUUUCUUCCUUUUCCUUUUUUCUUUUUUUCCUUUUCCUUUUUUUCUUUUUUCUUCCUUUUUUCUUUUUUCUUUCUUUUCCUUUUUUCUUUUUCUUCCUUUUCCUUUUUCUUUUUUCUUCCUUUUUUCUUUUUUCUUCCUUUUCCUUUUUCCUUUUUUUCCUUUUCCUUUUUUCUUUUUUCUUCCUUUUUUCUUUCUUCUUCCUUUUCCUUUUUUCUUUUUUUCCUUUUCCUUUUUUCUUUUUUCUUCCUUUUUUCUUUUUUCUUCCUUUUUUCUUUUUUCUUCCUUUUUUCUUUUUUCUUCCUUUUCCUUUUUUCUUUUUUAUUCAUUUUCCUUUUUCUUUUUUCUUCCUUUUCCUUUUUUACUUUUUUCUCCCUUUUUUCUUUUUUCUUUCUUUUUCUUUUUUUUCUUUUUUCUUCCGUUUCUUUAUUUUGUUCUUUCUCUUUAUUUUUCAUGGCUUUUCUUUCUUUCUUUCUUUCUUUCUUUCUUUCUUUCUUUCUUAUAUUUUACUCGUUCCUUCCAAUGUUUUCCUUUUCUUACAAAACUAACUUUUCUUUUGUAUUUUCUUUCUUUAUUAUUUACCCUUGUAUAAUUUUAUUUUCCCUUUUUCGGCCUUUCACACUUCCUUUAUUUCAUUCUUUUUUUCCAUUCUUUCUUCUCUUCAUAUGUUAUUUUUCCUUCAACUUUUCUUUCCCUUUAUUCAUGUAUUCUUCACUUGAACUUCCGUUAUUUUUCACAGUAAUUCCCCGCUUUAUUGUGUUAUUUCAUUUUUCUUUCUUUCUUUCUUUCUUUCUUUCUUUCUUUCUUUCUUUCUUUCUUUAUUUCUUUCUUUCUUUCCUUCGUGCUGUUGUUCUUUCUUUGGUUCUUUCUUUCUUCCAUUCUUUCUUUCCCUUUAUUCUUUUAUUAUACCCUUGA